AUGACGACCUUCUCACUUCUCUCGCUCUUGCUGACGCUUGCUGUGACUCUGUGGAGUUCGAGUGUGUUGGCAUCGUCUGAUUAUCAUGAACAACUUUUCCUCCAACCGCUCCCUCAGUCCUCCCUCCUAGCCUCGUUCAAUUUCCGGGGUAAUACUUCGCAGCAAUCAUUCGACAACCAGCAUUUCCGAUACUUUCCCCGAGCAUUAGGACAAAUCCUCCAACACGCACAUACCAAAGAGCUCCACCUUCGGUUUAGCACUGGGCGAUGGGAUGCUGAAAGCUGGGGCCCUCGGCCAUGGAAUGGCAGCAAAGAAGGAGGGACUGGCGUGGAACUUUGGGCCUGGAUUGAUGCGGCAGACGAUGAAGAGGCAUUUGCGAGAUGGACUACUCUAACACAGUCUCUAUCCGGUCUGUUUUGCGCCUCAUUGAACUUUGUCGAUUCCACCCGAACCACACGGCCAGUUGUUUCCUUUGAGCCUACUGGUGGUCAUUCAUCAACCGACGGGCUUCAUCUCCUCCAUGGUAUUCUUCCUGGCGAGGUAGUAUGUACGGAGAAUUUGACACCAUUCUUGAAGCUCCUUCCGUGCAAGGGCAAAACUGGCAUCUCUAGUCUAUUUGAUGGCCACAAGCUCUUUGACGCAGCGUGGCAGAGUAUGUCAGUGGACAUGCGGCCCAUCUGCCCUCCUGGUGGCGAAUGUCUUGUCCAGAUUGAGCAGACCGUGGACAUGGUUUUGGAUAUUGAACGGUCUAAACGACCUAGAGCCAACCCUAUCCCGAGACCUGUUCCUAAUGAACAGCUCGUGUGCGACACAUCUAAACCGUACAAUUCAGAAGAUACCUGUUACCCUUUAGAGAAGGUGACUGAAACGGGUUGGAGUUUAAUGGAAGUGUUCGGACGAUCCUUACAAGGCGUUUGUCCUCUGGCUGGAUCUGACGGCGAGCAGUCUGUUUGCCUUCGGGUCCCCCAUGAGCGAAGUGUGUUUACUUCUGAGAAUGCCUUGGAAAUCAAAAAGGAUGAUGGUUACACGCGGUGUUUCAAAUUGGAUCCCUCAAGCCCAUUUGAUCUUGCCGUUCACGAGCAACAAAUGAAUACUCGGGUCCCACUUGAGGAUCCCAUCCUUCACGCAGAGCGAACCAUCGUUGGCCAUGGCCAAGAGCGUGGUGGCAUGCGAAUCAUCUUUGGCAACCCUUCCGAAACAGCAGCCGUGGACUUUAUCUACUUUGAAUCACUCCCGUGGUUCCUACGGCCAUAUAUCCACACACUACAGGCUACCAUCACCGGCCGCGAUGGAGUACGACGAGAGAUCCCGGCCUCCGACCUUGUCACCGAAACUUUCUUCCGACCCGCCAUUGACCGUGAACGCGGAACACAGCUGGAACUGGCACUGUCAGUACCAGCCGCAUCAACGGUGACUUUGACAUAUGAUUUCGAGAAGGCAAUUCUGCGUUAUACUGAGUACCCGCCGGAUGCCAACCGUGGAUUCAAUGUCGCGCCUGCGGUCAUUCGCAUUCUCAACACCCCAGACAGCAGUCCUGUUUACAUCCGCUCCACCAGUCUUCUGCUUCCCCUGCCGACUCCUGAUUUUAGUAUGCCCUACAAUGUGAUUAUCCUCACGAGCACGGUGAUUGCUCUUGGAUUUGGCACCGUGUUCAAUCUGUUGGUGCGGCGCAUUGUGUCCUUGGACGAGGCCGCUGCUUUGGGGGCCCAAAACAUCAAAGGUCGUAUUCUGAGCAAGCUGGUGAUGAUACGAGAUAUGCUACGGCCGAAGGCGACCAAGGUUGAAUAG